AGUGGAUUUUUCUCCAUGAUUUACAUAAAUGUCAAUGGCUUCCAGACGAAAAACAAAUCACAAAUUCGAAUCCAAUUAUCAGCAGUGCUCUUUGAAAGUGAUUAGUUCAAAGCAUUCUUAAUACAAAAUUUAACUUGUAGUAGUGAACGUCACCGCUGGUAGAGAUAAAAAAACUAGAUUUCCUCACCUGUCAUCUACAUAGAUUAGGCACCCAUAAAAAAUAAACGUUGGCGAAAAAUCAAUAUGGCGCAUGUUGACAUGAUGAAUUGACAGCUGUGUUAAACUGUGUUUGUGCCACUUGCUCUCGUGCAAAUAAUUUGUGAUGAUUAUUUGUCAUAUCUUGAAUAAUAAGUGAUAAACAAAAAUGACUAAACCGUUCGGAAACAGUGAGAAGCGUUUUUCGAUCGACGAUGCGUUCGAAGAAGAAACCGACGAAGCUAUAAAAGUGUACGGCGCAACUGGAGACCGAUCACCUUUGCAAAACAAAUUCAAGAAUGGUGGUGAUUAUAUAUCCAGCAAAACCUAUAAAUGCUCAGAAGAUACAACCUCAAGGGAUUCGGACUCCCUCAUACAUGAAUAUGUUGAGGCCACACAGUCAAUGUUCUGCUGGAACCAUCCCAAAGUGAGAGAGAAUUGGAAAACGGUAUGUGCAGCUGUCAUUUUGCUGAUAGUUGGAGUUGGUCUACUUGGUAUGGGAGCAUUUGCGGUUGCUGAACCCGAAAACGGUCUCCAAGGUGCAGUGUUCUUCGUAGCAGGAAUGAUCUGCUUUGUGCCCGGUGCAUAUCAUGUAGUCUAUAUCUGGCUAGCUGCCAGAGGACAGAGAGGUUACGAUUUCUACCACCUUCCAUUAUUCACUUGAUUUAUUUUACGAUCAUUAUUUAAGUGUGUGUAAAAUGAUUUUAAUGUCUCGAUGAGGAGUUGCGAAUCUGCGAAGGAUGACUGUGUUAUGUUGAAGCUCUCUAAAUGCUUUAAAAUGUAAGUCAAAAACAAUAAUAUAAAUUCUUUUAAAAGAUGUUGGUGUGGUUGAACAACCGUACUAAAAAAAACACUGUUAUAGGUUUGAAUAGUACUUUUUUUAUUGACUUCAAAGGCAAGCGUGGUACGAAAUUGACACUGUGAAUGGACAUUGUCAAUGUAAGGGACAAAAUUGCGUCGCUGCCCUCGCCUGUUCCUUUUUCAACUAAAGCAUUUCUGCAACAUUUAAUAUCUUUUAAAACAGAUUUAUUUUAUUAUAUCAUAUUCAGAAGAAUUUUUUACAAUAUAAAAAUGCACUUAAUUAACUUUAUUUUUUAAUCCAUAAUCAAUAAUUUAUUUAUCAAUAAAAAAUACACAAUGCUUAUUUGUACUUCAUUAAAAAUUUAUGCAAGUAAAUUUGACUGUGUAGCAUAGAUGUGCAAAAGCACAUAGCGAUAAAGAUAUCAAAUUCAGAAACAUGAAGUUAGGUGAUUUAAUUAUUUCAAAAAUCAUUUUAUAAUGUUGAUAUUUCCUUUAGGUUUCCCACGCUAUAUUUAAAAUACAUUAAAUUAUUUGUUAAUUUCCUUACUAAUUUGACUUUCUAUUAAAAAUUUUGUUUUUUAAACAAUAAUUUAUUCUAUGAAACAAUCUUCUAUGUAGCAAUGGUAAACAGGAAUAACAUCUACCGAAGUGGUAUGUAUGGGUUGGAUGUUCUUGUUAAUCCUUAGAGCUCCAAUGUUCACACAUAUUGGACAUAUGUAUAGUCUUACAUUACAUUAGUCUUAGGACCGCAAAGGGUUAAAAUUAUAUUUCAUUUAUCCUUGUGACCCUGGUCAAAGUAACAAAAUUAAUUAUUGUAUUGUCAUUGAUCCUUCAUACAUGUGCUAUUUUCAAGUUACAAUGAACGAUUUGAAGAUUGUAAAAAUUAUGUUAUUAAUUUCCUUUCCAUAUAUAUACAUACAAGUCAAGGUAAUUUCAAAGCCUUCUAAAAAUGGUUCCAUAGAACGUUGUGCAAUACUGUAGAACCGAUUAUUAUUUUAUUAAAUAUAACCUAGAAUUACGUUUGACAUGUACAACUCGCAUACGUAGAAUGGAACGCGCCAGAGCCCAAAUAUUUUAAAUGACAUUUUUUUGUGUAAUGUAGUGGGCAGAAAAAUGAUAUAUUGAGUCUUGUUGAGAAAGAGAGAGGUUUGUUUACACAUUAACUUGUUUGUUCUUCUGGAAUUACAAUACAUAAACAUAUGUAGUACAUACGUGGGUAACAUAUGUUCAUUUGACACCAGAAAGUAUGUAAUAAUCAAUAUAUCAAAAUCAGUUUGUUACUCUUCCAUAGAGACGUCUAUGAGGGAUUUUCAUUUAAUCCAAGUUCACACAAGCGCGUGUCUAUUUCUAUUUGUCAAACUGAAACGUUGAUUUAGCUAGCUAAUGUAGUUCUAGCUUAUAUUAUGUAAACGAUGCCGAUCUACAAAGCUAAUGUACUUACAACUUAUUACCGUGUUCUCUUAGAAAUUCUAUGAAAAUUAACAUGAAUUUACAAUUUAAUAUUUAAUUGGGAAUCGUCAAUCCCGCAUUAUUUUUUAUUUUCCUAAUUACUAUCGGUCUUAUUCAUAGUAAAAGGCUUACCGAAGAUAUAAACCGAUAUUAGUUACAACGUCAUUUCAACCACCAAACGUUCGAUAUACCUGUACCAUGGUUUUACUCACAAUUAGUUAACCAAGUUUUAUAAGCCCUUUAUAAGGGGACCGUCAAACAGUCAUUCAUAAUCAUGCGGUAGAGCUAAAACGCUCAUUAAUAAUCUGAUAAAGUUAAAGUAAACUUAUUACUUUUACUUUAUCUCUUUAAUUACACAACUAAAACCCUAUUAUAAUUUAAAAAAAACGACCCUUUUAGAUCAGCUGAUUGUCAUUUUUAUUGAUUUUCAGUGUAUUUCAACCCUUGACAUUUUUUGUUUUUAAUAAUGAUAGAUAAUUUCAGCAAGGGCUACAAACCUUUUGGAAAGCAAAA